AAAAGCGUGACCCAAAACAAUUGGAACCGGAUUACCCGCCGCUCAUUUGCCUCAGUCCCCAAAACAAGUCAGACCGCCGUCGCCAACCGCUCCUCGCCAGAAAAUCGCCGCUUGUAACCGUACGCCGCCGCAGUUAACUGUUGUAGACGCCACCGCAGGGUUUCAGUGUGACAGUAAUGCCUCGAAAGCCUAGAAGGCAUCAACAACUCAAAUCUUGGCCGAUUACAUUUUCCCCUUUUGCUCGUGCUCUUGCUCAUACUGUUUCUAUGCCGAAGCAUCGUUCCAAAUCCGUCGAGGACCCUACCCCUUCCUCUGCUAGUAAUGGAUCUACCAAGCAUCCUUUAGAAGAGAGAUUGGAAGGAUCGGAGUCAUCUGAUGGGGAGUUUGAUGGAGUUGUCCAAGCGGAUUUUGCGUUUUUUGAUCCUAAAUCCAAUGAUUUCCAUGGAGUUAAGACUUUGCUGCAAACUUAUUUGGAUGUUGAAGAAUGGGAUUUGAGCGGCUUUGUAGACUUGAUUUUGGAACAGACCACUGUAGGGACUGUUGUGAAGGUUGAGGAUGACGAGGACGAAGGGGUUUUCGCUCUUGCUACCGCUCUUAAUCUAUGGAGGUAUAGGGAGCAUAAAUGUAUUGUCCAACUCAAGGAAUUUCUCCUCCUUAAAGUAUGCAAAGAGAAACGCAUUGCUGAUCAGCUGAGAUUACUUUUGGGGGAACAAGCACGUCAUGUCGGUCUCCUGGUAUCACAGCGUGUGGUGAACCUUCCACCUCAGCUUUUACCGCAUCUCUAUGAUUCUCUUUUCAAUGAAGUGUCGUGGGCCACAGAAGAUGAGCCAACAAAGGACCUCCGAAAUUCCUUCAAGUUUAAGCAUUAUAUAAUACUUGGCAAAAUUUACGAGCUCAAGAAUGCAGAACAAAAAAGAAAACAGAGCGAUGACAGUGUUGAGGCGAUAGUAUAUGUUAAGCCCGAGGAUGAAAUUUUUCACCAGCUAUGUUCGUGGUCCUUCUGUUUUCCUUUGCGCACCCAGCAGCCCGCUCCCCACGAGCUAAAGAAUUACAGAUCAAUGGGAUUAAUCAUGGCCGUUGAGGCAGACAAAAUGCCAGCAUUUCGUCAAGAAUUAGGUUCUUUAAUAAAUGAAAGCUGAAGGCAACCAUAAGGUGUUCGGGAUGCCAAAUUUUGGGAUUUUUUAAAUUAAUUUUUUGUAUGGUCUUUUCUGUUCUGCAAUGACAAUUGACAAGAUAUUGAAAAUCACCUUUCCCGUCAUUAAGUUUCUCAAUUGUUAGAUCCUUAUUAAACAUGUCGAAUAGUUUAUACUUCGAUGAAACUCUUUGAACUUUAGAAAUUGUAAAAUGAUUUUGUCUUAUUUUUGAAGUAGUAGUGGCAGCAGUAUCAUUGGCAGGUCCAUA